AAAUGAGCACUUUUGAGGACCCAAAUAGUUGUAGUUUUGAGUUUGAGGAAAUCAAAUUUGAGGAAGUUGAUGAAACCAGCAAAUAUGAGAUCGAAUUUAAUUGUGAAAGUGAAAUUGAGUUUGGUAGUGGAGAUAGUGAAAGCGAAAUCGAAGUUGAGGAAAAAUAUAAAGUUAGAUUUAAUGAAAAAGAGACUACAGAAAUUUUCGAGUCUAUUAAACUGUUGGCUGAUUCAUCUGUAUUUGACUACUAUAGCAUUGAAACUAUCUCUGAGUUAGAAUUACAUCUUCGUACCUUAGUUUCUCUUAUUGAAGUAAUUUGCAAAAGUGAAAUUCGGAUUCGACAUGAUUUGAGAGAAAAAAUUUAUGCUCAGUUAGGAAAAUUUGCUGAGAUACAUUUUCGAUCAACUGAAGUUAAUGAACAAGGUUUUAAUAAAGUUUUUAAAUCAGAAUUUGAAGAUUUUAAUCUUCCAUCAAAGUCAACAACUUUACCAGACUUGGCUAUUUCAAAUGAAAGUAAAAUUUACAAGGAUGGGAAACGUAUUACUCCAGGACUUGUGAAAACAGGAAUUUCGCAUGGUGCAGAUUUACCUAUAAAUAGCAAUGGUAUAGAAUUACUGUUUAAAAAUUUACAAGAGGCUUUUACUUGUAAAUACCCGAUUUCAUCAUGGUAUCAUGAAUGGAGAACACUACUUGAACUACACUUCAAUAUUCAAAGCUUUCUUCAAGAAUGCAAACUUUCUUCAGAAUAUGGCGAAAAUUUAUUACUUGAAUGCUUAUGGCAUCGUGCUAUAGAAGUCCUUAUUAAAUUGUCACAAAGAAAAAUGAUAUUUUACAAUAUUAUUGAAAAUGAUUUUAAAACCUAUAAAAAGUUAUUGGAUUCAGUAAAAGGGUUAAAAUCACACCAUAUGAUUGAAGCGAUUCGUGAAAAGUCUUUUUACGAUCAUAAAUUAGUAGAUAUUAGCAAAAAUUACAUAGGAAAUUUGAAAGAACAAAGAAAUGACAUUACAACAGAUAGCUUAGCAUCACCUCGUGCCAUAAUUAUAAGUAAUGAUUCGAUUUCAGAUAUAAUCAUUGAAGAAUUAUCUUGUCCAAUAACUUAUCAAAUUUCAAAAAGCUAUCAAAUUUUAUCAUGCUGUAAACAUUUCAUUAGUCCUGAUGCAUUACAACGAAUAAUUGACAAAAGGGCCCAACCAAAUUGUCCGUUAUGUCGAGAAAUAAUUGAUUUAAAUUCUCUGAUUAAUUUACCACAGUCAGCAACUCUUCAAGGAAUUCAAAAUCAUUUGGCUGAAGACAAUUAUAGCAAUGCUGUUCAGGAGCACAACCAAAAUAUUUCUAAUGAAAAUAAUGAUGAAGAAAUUAAUAUCUCUAAACUCAAAUCUCAGCAAACUUUAAAAUAA